AUGUCGAAGGACAUUGUAUCGUACAUUGGUCAAUGUGCUGCAUGUAAUACUUACCAGGAUGAUCAACAGAAGGAGUCUAUGAUCAGCCAUGAGAUUCCUAUUCGUCCUUGGCAAACAAUAGGAUGUGAUCUGUUUGAAUGUGAAAGCAGAGAUUACCUCAUACUCGCAGACUACUAUUCAGAUUACUUUGAGGUGGAGAGACCUCAAAGUAAAACAGGAAGUUCAAUCAUUCGCAUGAUGAAAUCGCAAUUCGCACGUCAUGGAAUCCCAGAUAGAGUAAUAUCGGACAACGGACCGCCAUUUGGAAGCAGAGAGUUUGCAGAAUUCAGUAAAAGUUAUGAAUUCGAGCAUGUUACAUCGUCCCCUAGAUAUGCACAAUCUAAUGGCAAUGCCGAGAACUCUGUAAAGAUUGCCAAACGGCUUAUUCAUAAGUGUGUAAUGGACGGGAAAGAUCCAUUUUUGGCGCUCCUGGAUCUACGCAAUACGCCUUCUCAAGGAAUAGGUUACUCACCUGCACAACGAAUAUUUGGUAGACGUACCAAAACGCUAUUAAAAGUAGCUGAACAUCUACUCAGACCACGUUAUGCUGACCACACCAGGGAAAAGCUUUAUGAACGCAAGGAACGUCAGACAUACUACUAUAAUCGAGGAGCUAAGGAGCUGAAACCCUUAUCAGAAGAAGAUACCGAACAGAGUGAUAUACGUUCGUACAAGGUGAGAAUUGAGGAUGGUCGUGUAUACCGUCGCAAUAGACGUCAUCUCCGAUUUAGUCGAGAACCAUUCCGUACUGAUCAUGAAAAUUCAGAGCCUGAACCGCUGAUUGAACAAUCACAGUGUAAUGAUGCUCCAGUUCCUAUAAUAAUCAGCAAUGAGCCAACACCAGUUCCACCAACAUCAGAAUUACGCAAUACACAAGAUACCGUACCCGUUCACCAACCCAAGCAACCAGUAUCAUCGUCCCAUGAAAACACGUAG